GCUUUCGCGCUGCGGAGCUCGCCGCCCUCCCCUCCCCCCUCCAGUCCCCGGCCCUGCCCUGCCCUGCCCCGCCCCCGCCCUGUCCGGCUCGCUCCCCCAAAUGAGCGGCGGCUCGCCCGCUGGAUCUAACGCAAGGACAUCGCCCUCGAGCAGCGGAGGCAAGAGCGCGGCCGCCGCCACCUCUCCGUCGACCCCGUCUCCGGGAGCCGCGUGCCCGGCGCUCUCGCACCUGCCCCCGGAGGACCCCUUGCGCCAGGCGAACCGGCUUCCCAUCAGGGUGCUGAAGAUGCUGAGCGCCCACAGUGGACACCUCCUGCACCCGGAGUACCUGCAGCCCCUCUCCUCCACGCCCGUCAGCCCCAUCGAGCUGGACGCCAAGAAGAGCCCUCUGGCGCUCCUGGCGCAAACCUGCUCGCAGAUCGGGAAGCCGGACCCUCCGCCCGCCUCCAAACUCAACUCCGGCACCCCCGCCGGGCUCGCCGGGCCGGACAAGGAGCCCGGCGGCCGCGCCUCCGCCGCCAGCGCCCUCAAGCAGCUGAGCGAGCCGCCCGCCGAGGACAAGUCCAGCUUCAAGCCGUAUUCCAAAGGAGGCGGCGGCGACCCGCGCAAGGACGGCGGCGGCGGCGGCGGCGUGGGAGGCGGCGGCGGCGGACCGGCGGGCCAGGCCGGCCCGGGCGCGGAGAAGACCGGCUUCCGAGUGCCCAGCGCCGCCUGCCCGCCCUUUCCCCCGCACGCCGCCGCCUCGUCCUCCUCCACCUCCUCGUCUCCGGGCGGCUCCAGGGGCAGCUCGCCGCAGCACGCGGACUGCAAGGCGCCGGACGACAAGAAGGAGCUGGAGGCUGCGCCCAAGGGCAGCGCAGACGGCGCGCAGGCGGCCGGGGGCAGCCGCGCGGGCAGCGGCGCGGGCAGCGUGGAGCCCGGGGCGCACGGCGAGGCGGCUUCCGGGCGCAAGUCGGAGCCCCCGGCCCUCUCGGCCGCGGGCCACGUGGCGCCGGUCUCUCCCUACAAGCCGGGGCACUCCGUCUUCCCGUUGCCGCCCUCCAGCAUCGGCUACCAUGGCUCCAUCGUCGGGGCCUACGCGGGCUACCCGUCGCAGUUCGUGCCCAGCCUGGAUCCUACCAAGCCCGGCCUGGUGAGCAGCCAGCUGCCGGGGGCGCUGGGGCUCCCGGGCAAGCCGCCCAGCUCCAGCCCGCUGACAGGGGCCUCCCCGCCGUCCUUCAUGCAGGGAUUAUGCCGGGACCCCUACUGCCUCAGCUACCACAGCGCCUCCCACCUGGGCACCAGCAACUGCUCCAGCUGCGUGCACGACCCGAGCAGCCUGAAAAGCGGAUAUCCCCUGGUGUACCCUGCGCACCCGCUGCACACCACCCUGUCCAGCACCACGCCCAGCCUGCCGGGCCACCCGCUCUACACCUAUGGCUUCAUGCUCCAGAACGACGCCCUGCCUCACAUAUGCAACUGGGUGUCGGCCAGCGGACCCUGCGACAAGCGGUUUGCCACCUCCGAGGAACUGCUGGCCCACUUGCGGACCCACACGACUCUGCCAGGGGCGGAGAAACUCUUGGCCGGCUACCCUACCUCGGGGCUGGGGUCCGCGGCAUCCUGCCACCUCCACCUCCCGCCCACCGCCCCGGGGAGCCCCAGCUCCCUGCCCGGAUCCCUGUCGCUGCGCAGCCCGCACACUUUGGGACUCAGCCGGUACCAUCCGUACGGCAAGAGCCACUUGCCCGCGGCCGGGGCCUUGCCGGUGCCCUCCUUGCCCGCGGCGGGACCCUACUAUUCUCCAUACGCCCUUUAUGGCCAAAGACUCACCUCAGCCUCCGCACUUGGAUAUCAGUAACUACAGCAGCCCCUUUCGUCUGUCGCCUCUCCCUCUCGUGUACUUGCCCCCGGACUAUGUAUUUAUUUACUAUAUGUUAGCUUAAAGCUGGGAAUAUAAGUGCAUUAAUACACCAAUGGUAUGCAAAAAGUCUGUGUGCCCCCCAAAAAACAAAAAAAGAAAAAAAACCCCAACCCAAUAUUUUGCUUCCCCCCUUUUGGUUAAUUUUCGCAGGAAUGGGGGCUCUUACUGUGUUUUCAUUUAUCCCCCCGUGUGUAAUUCUUUUUCCCCAGGUCCCAUGAACUGUUUGCAUGAUUCAAAAUCCAUCCCCUUUUCCCCACUCCCUUCUUUGUUUUAUUUUAAUUUUUUUGGUUCAGUUCCUCUUCCUUUUGUACAGCUCCCAGAAAUGUAAUUUUUUUUGUUGUGUUUCUCUCUCUCUCUCUCUCAUUCUCUCUCUCUCUCUUUUCCCCCUUUCCUUUAGUGUAUUGUGUUCCGAGGUGCGGGUGGUGGGAGGUCAGGUUUGCUGGGAGAUGUUCCUUGGCUUUGUUCUAACUGAACAGAAUCCGAAGAGCGUUGCUUUCAGUGGCGUGGCGUGUGAUGGAUGCACCUUGUUUCCAAGGUGUGGCUGGAAAUUGGCCUAGCUCCACAACCGGUUUGGUGGUGACCACUGCUUGUGCUUAAGCUGGUAUUCUUUCUUCUCCAAAAAGUCAUAUGAGCUGUGCUUUCAGAGUUAGUGGAUGCCCUAUGUAGAGACAAGAGCUGGUACCUGGUACCUGGAUUUUUGCUAUGAUACUGAAACCCAGAAAAAAAGGGCAAGCGAGCAUUCCACCCGUGGGGCAUCUCUCACAUUUUUAUGGUUUCUCUUCCCCCCCCCCCAUCCCUUCUUCUUAUAAAGACCUGGAAUUUUCUUAAAAUUGGCAAGCAUCUUUUGAGGGACUAGAGAACAGAAGAACAUGAUCCCCCUGCACCAAAUGAAGAACUCGGAAGAAUAUUUUGCUCAGCUUAGUUGAAGCUGGUCCCUUGAAAUGAGUCCAGCUAGCCCCUGGGGGCCAGUUGCAUCUUCUGCUGCAGGCUCAACUCGACAUACCAAAAAAAAAAUUUAAAACCCCACAAAGUACAUCACCCACCCAAUCUUCCAUAACCCCCCAUCACCCAACUUCUCUUGACCUAUGGGAAUGGAGCAGUCCUUAGGGUAUGGAACCCCUUCCAACUCUGUCCCCAGUCUAACGCAGUGCAGAAGGCUGCGGAUCAUUUUGGGUGAAUACGGCUUCAUCCUGGUAAGUCUUAUUUUGUUAAUAAAUGAAUACUUGGCUAUA